AGGCACCGCAACAGCUGCUGACAACAUGCGUUCGUAAUGUGUGCGGGCCACCGUCACAUCGUUAAGUUCAAACUAUUAUGUAAAGAAAUGAAUGUCAUAGUGUAAUGAUAGGUCCUUUAUUAACACAAAAACCAGUCAGAGCUGCUUAGUUCUUCAACCUUCUGCUUACUUGACACUUUCAGUCUCGCUGUUUUUUGCAGUGGUUAAUGUAGGCGGAGUUUAAGUCACCGCUUCCAAAACAAGAAACGUGUAUCGACACAAGGACUGAAGUUACUGCCUGCCACCCGGGAGGAGAGAUGCGAAGAGCUGCAAUGAUUUCAUAGACAGCAGUCCCCAUAUUUGAUAUUAAAGAGUUGCACCACAACCCUGGAAGAACAUGGAAGCAUCUGAAGAGUCCAUAAGAAUGACUUCUGACCCCCAGAGCAAAACAUUUCUACAGAGUCCAGAUACACUAAUACAUCUAGAGAAAAGCCCAUCUGCUAAAUCAGGUAAUGGUGCAGCGCUGGUGUUGUGUUCCGUGUCUGUGGCCUGCCUGAGUGGGUUGAUGAUGGGUUAUGAGAUGAGUCUGAUAUCAGGAGCUUUGCUUCAACUCAGGGAUGCUUUGACUCUCUCCUGCCCGGAGCAAGAGCAAGUCGUUGGGUCUCUUCUGUUUGGAGCUUUCCUCCUCUCUCUGGGUGGCGGCACCAUCCUGGACCGUUACGGACGGCGGUUCUCUAUCAUCCUCACAGCGCUGCUGUGUGUGCUGGGCACGCUUCUGUGUGUGUGUGUGGUGUCAUUUUGGGCGCUAGUUGUCGGGCGGAUGUUGGUCGGCAUGGCGGUAGCGCUGUCAGGCACAGCGUCUUGCCUGUAUGCGGCGGAAGUGGCACCGGCCACCUGGCGUGGACGGUGCGUGUGUGUGUAUGAGUUAAUGGUAGUUUUAGGGAUGCUGUUGGGUUUUGGACUGAGUUGGGCGUUCGCAGGUGUCCCGGAUGGAUGGAGGUUUACGUUCGCUGGUGUGCUGCUCCCUGCCUUGCUGCAAGCCAGCAUCAUGCCGCUGUUGCCGCAGAGUCCGCGCUUUUUGCUCGCCCAACAGCGUGGGAAAGAGGCUCACGCCACUCUCCUCCGUCUCCGCGCUGGGAUCGAAGGGGUAGACGCGGUGGAGGACGAACUUCAGGCGAUUCGCAUGGCACUGGGGGCGGAGCAGCACGGCUUCCUGGACCUCUUCCGUUCCCGUGACAACAUGCUUCAGAGGCUACUUGUUGGCGCUGCGCUGGUUUUCUUGCAGCAGGCUACGGGACAGCCCAAUAUUUUGGCGUACGCGUCAACUGUUCUCAGCAGCGUGGGCUUCCAUGGGAACGAGGCAGCGACUCUUGCUUCCACAGGGUUUGGUGUGGUUAAAGUGGGCGGGACCAUUCCUGCAGUCUUUCUAGUGGACAAAGUGGGGCCUAAAGCCCUUCUGUGUGUUGGAGCCGUCAUUAUGACGUUGUCAACGGCAACCCUGGGGGCCGUUACUAUGCAGAGCCGCACACAUGUUUCCAGUCUUUGCAAAGGCCCCAUAAAUAAAGCAAACCUCACGGUACUUGGGAUGGAAGAUGAGACUGAUAUCCAGACUAACACUCCUUUGGGCUUACACCAGCCUUCUGAUUAUGAACUUCAAACCAAGCACAAAUUAGAUCCUUUCCACACUAACAUUAAUGACACUAAGGGACAUUGGAUUUUAAACUACACCUAUGAUCACAGAACAGCAUUGAUGGACCCUGCUGAGGGUUCUUCAAAAAUUGCUCUUCAAUCUCUUCAUGUUAAUGAGGUGUCGCCCUCUCUAAAAUGGAUCUCGCUGGUCAGCCUGCUGGUGUAUGUAGCUGGAUUCUCCAUCAGCUUGGGACCAAUGGUUCAUGUGGUUUUGAGUGCGAUCUUCCCGACUGGCAUCCGUGGAAAGGCUGUGUCCGUCAUCUCUGCUUUUAACUGGGCCACAAAUUUACUCAUAUCGAUGACCUUUCUUACCAUGACAGAGAGGAUCGGCCUGCCCACCGUGAUCUUCUCCUAUGCUGCUAUGAGCUUUGUGUUGGUGGUGUUUGUGAUUGUAUUCGUGCCAGAGACGAAAGGCCGAUCACUGGAACAGAUCUCUAAGGAACUUGCCAUGAAGAAUCACCUGAGCACCACACUGCUGUGUCAUAGAAGAAAACACCAGACUACAGCACAACCCUCACUGGAGGAAAAAGCUCUUGCAAGCGUUUGACUUUUUACCUAGAUGAAGAGUGGAAGAGCACUAGCAUAUUUGCAUUUGCAUUGUUCUCUAUGUCGUCGGACAACUUACAGGGCAGCCAAAUCUGUGACUACACCGAUCUACUGUGUAGAAGAGAUAUGACUAAUUAAUGCUAUCAUGUGUUCAUUAAAGCAAACAAUUUUGCUUAAGCCUUACCAUGGCACGAUGGGUCAGUUGAGAUGAAUUUAAUAUGUCAAUCUGAUUUAUUUGUAUUAAGUUUU